GAGUAUCUCGAAAGAUCUCUCGUUCGAGAAAUUAUCACGAUACGUCGUUUCAUUUUGCUUCGUUAUUCGUCGAUCGUUCAUUUAUAUAAUCGACGUUUAUAUGAAAUAAUUAGUGGUCGAAUGACUAAGCAAUAAACCGAGUCAGUGGAGGAGGGCUUAGAGAGAUAGCACGCGCGUGUUUAUUUGGCUUCGCUCUAGGAACCGAAGUGGGUGGGUGCGAUCGCAAUCGUCUAAGAUUUCCUCUUCGUUGGUUCUUGCCCGAUAAUUCGAUUUUGUUGUGACUCUUCUUCCCCGUUAUCUCACUUUUCUUUCCUCUCUUUCUACAUGUCGUCCCGACGUAUAAACAUUUAUUUGAUUUAGAACGAUAGACAAAUUACGGAACAUUUAGAAUGUCCAUAGCUUUCGACGAGUCGUAUUAUCGAUCGGCAAAUGAAUAACUAUUUAAUGAUAGAUAUGUAUAGCCAAGAGCAUAGAACUUUCAACCUGGCAAUGCGAAUGGUGAAUCUAAUCGCGAUGUGGCAGGAACUGACAGCCCAGACGGAGAAUGAAUUAACCGUUCGCGAAUACUGUUUCUACGGAGUUUUUUUAUACCUUCUUUUUUCUUUUUUUAGAUCGUCAGGAUAACGACGGACUUAAACGAAGAUAGGGACAAUGAAAUCGCGUAGCGAAAAGAAUUGUUAUCGAAUUUCUUCAUCGGGUAACAUGACAAAUACAUUCGUCGCAACCGCUCGUUACAGCGGCAGAUGCGGUUGGAUAAGAGACCGACUCGCAUCCCACUCGCUUCUCUCUCUCUCUCUCUCUCUCUCUCUCUCUCUCCUAUCUCAUCCCUUUAAAUUGCAUAAAAAAAGAAGUUCGAUCUUCGUUGAAUAAACAAUGUAGGAUAAAGUUAGAAAAAUUUUCGAGUUCCUUUUAAGAGAACUUUAUCGAUCGAAUUUGUCCGAGGACAGUGAAGGGUCGGAAGUUCGAAAGGACGUGUGGGUGUAGGAAGGCGCGAGAAACGCAAAGUCCGACCGCUUUCCAUCCGCGUGUCCAUCGACAGUCCUCGUUGUCGGGUUCGACGCGGGUCGCAGAAAGAGAGGCGUGCGUACGCCUUGUUGGUCCGGGACACACACGGACUGUUUGCUCGGGGUACCAUCGCGGAUCCCUUUUUUUUCUGGUCCCGCGUAGAGUCCCUCUCGCGAGUCGAGUCACAACACUAGUAAAGUUACAAAAGCCAAAGGCAAACAGAUCCGGGGACGGGCCUUAACCGGUUUAUCAAACACUCGUGCGCCCCGAAGGUGGUCUUUCGUUGCUGAAAGCACGAGACAAGACGAAAGAGAAAGAAAGAGAAAGGAGAGAGAGAGAGAGAGAGAGAGAGAGAGAGAGAGUUAACGACGAAGAUGACGACUUCGUCGUCUUGUCGCGUCCGCUAUCUUGCGUUUUCGUGAUCGUUUUCUCUCUUUUUUUCUUUCUCUUUCUCUUUCUCUUUCUCCCGCUAUCUCUUUUUAUUUUCGUUCGAAGGAAAAGACCCCCGAUGAUCGUUCGCGAAGGCGGAGAGGAGCGGAAGAAGGAGGAGUCAAACAGUCCGGACAAACCUUCUUCCUUUUUUUUUUUCUUCUUAUUUUUCAUCUUCCUCAUCUUUACUUUGUUAUAGCACCGCGGCGAAACUCUCAGUGUUACUUUAUCGGUCAGUAUCGUUAACACCUUAGUACUGAAAUUCGGUCCAUUAUUUUUUCUUAAGAGUUCAUUACGAGUCGUCGUAUUCGAAAUUGAAAGAAAAUGAACGGCAUUUCCUCCGACUGGUCGAUAAACGAAACCAGACUCCGAUUAUGAAGGUAAUACCACGUUGAGGAUGAUUAAUCGUUCUAGUAGGGCUUCACGAAGAGCAAAGAGGGUCGAUAUACUGAGAAAUAAUGUAUGCCGUGGGAAAUGAUAAACCGUGCGACCGAAGAGAAGUUCGUGUACCUUCGUCCGUAUGUUCGUUUACCUUAACAAGAGAGAGAGGAGAGAGAGAGAGAGAGAGAGAGAGAGAGAGAAUAGAGGGGGAGAGAGAGAGAAAAGAAGAAAGACAAGAGGAGAAGUUACAACUUUGGAGAGGGAGAAAGUUGAGAGGCAAUUUGGCGAUACACAAAAUUACAUAUCCGUGGCCCGAUCGAAUUGCUCGAAAGGGAAUCGCUAUCGAACGAGUCUCGAAAUUGUACCGAUUGCGAGGCCCUUGUCUCGUUUUUGUUUCGUCCCUUUCACUUCGCGAUCGGGACGAGUUUUCAAGAAGCAUUCAGGGAUCAAAAAGUCGACAUGGAUUAGGGGCGAGUCGAUGAAUGUUCUGAUUUAUAUUCAUUCGAUCGCGUAUUUAAUUAACAUCGGAAAUAUCGUUCCAUAUUGGAAUAAGAGAAAUGAGAGAAAAGAAAGACGUAGGAAGAAGAAUAUUUUGGCAGGAGGAUAGGAUGGAUACUCGUAGGACGAGCCGAGCCCUUGACGGCGGAGCCCGUUCAGAAGGUGGGGUUUCUUCCUACGUCGUCCUUUCGUUGUCGCCCGGCUGACUUACGUCCUACGAAGCAAAUAAAAAGAAAUAAAAAAAAAAAGAAAAGAAAAGAAAUGAAAAAAGAACGAAAAGGGAAAAGAAAAAGAAAAGGAAAGAAAAGAAAGGGCAAAAGAUCGAGGUCCGUAAGCGACUUGGACGCGCGCGUACACGUUCUUUCUCUUUCUCUUUCUCUUUCUGUCUGUGGUUUCGGGUUCAGCAGGGUUCACCGGACAUAUUAUGGGACAGGCGGGCACUCCAGCGUGAAAUGAAAAUAUUAUGCCAGCGCCCAGAGUGGUGCCGGCCCCGUGCCACACAUCGAAGGAUCGCGACGUGCCCUUUGAAAGGGCGUCGACGAGAAGAACAUUUUCGAAUCCUUUCGUUCGCCGUAACGAACGUUCACACGGCUUAUUAGCUUCCACGUUCGCGCGUUCUGUUGUUUCGAAACAUUUCUCAAUUAUUUUUAGGAAUAGACUUCUCUUCUGACAUUUCUAACCGUAACACUUUAGAUGAUAUUUCGAAGCUUUUACGACCUCCGAUCUUACUCAUUAAAUUUCACGUUGUAUCGUUAUCUCAAAAGGUUUUACGUACCGGAUAGGAUACUUACAUAUUAUAGCGUGGGAUGAAAAUAUCAAGGCGAUAUUCGAAAUACCGCAUGAUUCGGGAUAACCGUGGAAAGGUUGAAAGUGGUCGAAGUCGAUCGAACGCUCGAAGCCGUUUAGAAUAAUCGAAUAGAACUAUUUGCUUUGUUUCUCAUUCGAAUUCAUAAGGAGAAAAGACGGACGUUUCGUUAUAUUUCCGUAAUCGCCAUCGGCAUUUUCUUCAAACGAUCGAGCAACACUUUCGUGACAGUCCCCGAUCAAAGAACAUAAACGUCAUCGCACGGAAAUUAUACAUAUCCCAUGGACCUUAGUGAUUAUUGAAUUCGUUACGUGUUACCUUGCGAGUCGUCCUUCGUUCAUCGUUAAUGCGUCAAAGCUCUCCCGUGCGACGAUGAAAUAUAUAUAUUUCAGAUUCCGAUUGCCGACACAUUAACGUCCGUACUUCCCGUAAUUAGAUCACGCAUUCAUCGUGCCAUUGACGUUUUUCAUCGUAUCAACUAUUAGCUCUCUUUCUCUCUCUCUCUCUCUCUCUCUCUGUCAUUCUUGUUCUCGCUCUCAUGGAUUUUAUCGUUUCCCAAGCGACAUUUAUUGUCUCCCUGUAGGCCAAAGUCGGCCAUUUAGAUUUCCAACGAAGCGAGGACAGUUUCGCGUCGAUGAUUUUAUCGUCGUGGGUAUCUAUAACUGGAAAUAAACUGUCGUUCCGUAUCGUUCGUCUUUAUAUCGUUCGGUUUAAAAACGCAACGUUACGGGAUCGAUGGAAGAGACACAUGAGAUCCGAACGUCGUCGAUACGGCGUCAGCUACAAGUUGUCCCUCGACAACGACGAACGACGAGAGGUAGGAAACCUUGAUGAAGCGCCUGAGUUACUUUUUGCGUCAAUUUGUUAAUCGCUGUCUACUUACUGCUACCUACGAGAGAAAGACUAAAGGAAGGAAAGAGACACGAAGACAGAGAGAGAGAGAGAGAGAGAGAGAAAGAAAUAAAAAAGAGAGACGACGUAAAUCGUACGCUCGUGCGAAAGAAAGAAAGAAAGAAAGAAAGAAGGAGGGACUUAUGGAGGUUGUCCGCCGUAGUAAAACCGGGGCCGCAGAGAUAAAUUCAGUUUCAUACAUUCCCGUCUGGUUUUCUGACGAGUUCUCCUGGAGUCCGCUACCGGUUGCCGUUGCUCGCGAGACUUCGAUCUCUCGCGAACGAAGUCUGCGAGUAAUCGUUCGGAAAGUCGUUGCUUUCGAAAAGUUAUCCGUCCUCGCGGAACACGCGAGGCGAAAUAUCCCUUCGUACGUAAAGUACGUAAAGUACGUGUGUACGUAGUUACUUACUUACUUACUUACUUUACAUUUGUUAGUUCGUCCGUUCGUUCGUUCGUUCGUUUAAUUAGAAUCGAGUUAGCUCGCUCCUUUCUCGUCGAUAAUACCACGACGAACACGGCCGCCCUUUUUAUCGGUGAUCACCGAUCGCUAAAUAAAAGGAAGAAAAGCACGCGCCGUUUCGGUUCCUCUCGCCAAGAGUCUCCUUCGUUUCGGGCCAUUACGUCGAAGGAGAAAUACGAAAUGCCGAUUCGUUGCCAUUUACGAGGUAUAAAUACGAGAUAAACGGAUCGUAACGACAUGUAGGAUUUAUCGGAACGCGUGUAGUUAUUAAGGGGCAUUAACGAUGUUACGCUUGUUCGCGGAACGUGCUCGCGUCGAUUCUCUUCGUUGUUUCUUCUUCUUAUUCUUCUUCUUAUUCUUCUUAUUCCUCCUCCUCUUUCUCUUUCUCUUUCUCUUUCUUACGCACACGCAGGAUGUAUAGACGUUCGUUCUCUCUGUUCGUAUACACGCCAUAUAGUCGAUCUCGAUGUCGGAAUCGAACGAGAUCGUAGUAAACUCUUGCCAGUUAAUCCGAUCCGAAGGAGGUAAAACAUUCCCCACGCAUUAUAAUUUAGGAUUACCACAUGUGUUUUCGUUAUACGUAACGAGUCGCUAAUUGCUCCGAUUUACGAAAGCUAAAUAGUAUCGGCAAAUCUCUUUCUAUCUAUUCGAGGAAAGAGAGAGAUGGAAAGAAGAGAAAAAGAGAGUAGUGCGUGUUGGCGUUUCGUUCUCGCCUUCCUUUUUCCAAGGUGAGAUACUCUCCCCUUCUCUCGAUUACGUCGUUAUUUUAUAAACGACGGCUUUUCUUUUAUCCCACGGAUUCUCAGAUUCACGAUCUACUCGGGAUCAAUUGAAAAAUCUAACUCGAACAAAGAUACUUACGAAAGAUCGUACGGUUAGAAAUAUCGCGAGUUCGUUGUCGUAAAGUAGACGAGAUACUCGAAUCGCGAGAAGUCGAAACAUCUCUUUCUCUCUCUCUCUCUUUUUCUCUUUAUCUUUCUCUUUUUCUUUUUCUCUUUCUUUUUCUUUCUCUUUCUCUCGAGAGAAGAAGCAGCCGGCCAAUCUUUCGUUGGUUUUAUUAGCGUUGCGCGGUUCUGCGGGCGGAAUCGUGUAAGUCCGUACGCGGUGCGGGUGGUACAACGAAGAAAGUGAGGCAAUGUUUAAAUUUCACGGUCCAUAGUGAAUCGAGCUUUACGACGAGUCGCGCACCACGGUAUUCCGUUCCUCUCCACCUACGUUCUGCAAUUACGGUGCCCCGAAGUAAACCGCAAGCACGCGGUACGCGACGUCGCGUCGCGAGCAGGAUGACGCAUAGCAUAGUUGAUUUAUGUUUCCAACUUGGAAUCUAUUCUUACUCGUGUUGCCGAUUCUCUUAACAGAUGUAUGCAUGUAUAUGUAAAUACUUACUUAUAUAGGUAGAAAUUGGUUCGACGAUUUUUAUAUAGAUUCGAAACGAUAACGAUUUAUCUUCGUUCUAUGCGUGAUUCUGUCUUUCCUUUCCCUUGUGAUUUUAUUUGAUCUGAUUUUAUUUCCUUUCCCUUUCGUUAUUUUCUUCGACAAAACCAGACCGCCGAGUAAAGUGAGAAUUAAUCCGCGUAGGUGUAGGAAAACCGAUACGCGUCCUUGGCGAUGCCAAUAAAGAUUUCCGUCUUUUCGAACGCGACAUCGUAUAAAUAUCGAGGAUAUAACGAUGAUGACGAUGACGACGAACAGUUAUUCGAACGAGCGAAAUCCUUACGUGAAGAUAGGAGGGUAGGGUCCCUUUUAGCCCGGGGUGUGUUGAUUUUAAAAGCCGUCCGGCCAAUUACCGAAGUUGCCAGGAGCAGUAUCUUUCUCUUUCUCUUUGGCCACCUGACGCCAUCCAUCCUUCCCUCGAUUGCUAUUCUCUACCUCGGGGCUCUCGUGCGCAAUGAGCGAUGCGUUCAUUCAUGCCGAUGCACGCGGUUCUCUUACACGUGUGUGCAUUCGUGUAGGUGUGCAUUGUAAAUGUACGAGUACUUCGUGAUAUAUAGCCAUGGUGAUACACGGCGAUCGAUCGAUCCCUCGAAUCUCUCUCUCUCUCUCUUUCUCUCUCUCCCUCUUUCUCCUUUCUUCUACCCUCGCCCUCGAGAGAAUAUCAGGUGCGAGCAAGUAGUAGAUAUAACGAGUCGUUUACUUCGUAGAUAAAGGGAGUUCUUCGGUGUACACGCAUCGAUGAGAUAAAGGAGAAUCGUAGAAAAAGAUUGAUAAGUUUCCUUUAGCUUAUUAUUUUUCCUCUUUCCUUUUUGUCUUUUUUUUCCUUCGUUGAAGAUCUUUAUUUCCGAGAGACUUUAUUGAUACGUAUAUUCGAUCGUGAUACAGCAUUAAGAGGCAUGAUCGAGAGGCAAGGAGAUUAGGGAAUUAAAGUUCGUUCGUUAUUUAGCUUGUAGUUUUGUACAUUAAUUAAAAUAUCGAGGUUUAUUAGAGAUCCUCGUUAUAAGGUUAGACAUCGUGGGAAAGCACGACUCGCGGUAAACGUAGGUUAAAGUAUAUUUUUCUUUGAUAAAAAGUCAUGUAUUUUUAAAAUAGAUAGGAACCUUUUAGCCUCGCUUGCGGAGAUAAAGAACACCUAUCUAUUUUCUUUUUUUUUUCUUUCUUUUUUUCCUUACGAUUAUUCGGUUUUUCAUCGGUAGGAGUUAAUGUCGAGCGGGGAAGGUCAAAUCAUUAAUUAAUGAACGCGAUGAGAGGCUCGCGUUUACGAUGCGCAUGAACGGUUCUUAAUGGAAAGCCAGGGCGGUAUAGAUGACAAAGAGUAUUCGUACUCGAUCAUUUUCGUUCUAUUAAAAAUCAAAUUCUUCCGAUUUUAUCUUGAAAUUAUUCACGGAAUAUAAGAUACCAUCUUCAAUUUCGAACAAACUGGUUUUACUAAGGUGGCAAAGAAACCUAUAGAAAUCGAUAUCGCUAAGAGAAAUCGAAUAAAUCGCCGGUGAUAGGGUCAAGUCGAUCGAGACACGAUCGUUUCGCGCGUCGUCUCUCGAUAGAAACUCGUAGAUACUAUUAAAAGAGAGAGAGAGAGAGAAACAAAAUCAAGAUCGAUGUGCUUCGUCGUACGUCGGAUCAUUGGAACGUAUCGAACCGUUUCUCGCGACGCACACGCACACGCAUACGUAUUACCUACCUACACGAAUAUACGCAACCAUACACGUAGAGACUCACGCAUCUCUACGUAUAUUCGCGCGUAUAGCGAAUCGUGGGUGGAGCGGGCCAGGUCUCUUGGUGCCUGACCACCGACAACUUUGAUUCAGUACGAUUGUUGCGAGCCGGUUCAACGAUCGGACUGACACGCGAGUGGCCACGCAAAACACGCUCGCGCGUACGCUCGCGAUACCACGUGCUCCUCACCUACUGUCUGUUUCUCUCUCUCUCUCUCUUUUCUGUCUAUCUCUUUCCUUCUCUAUCAAUAUUUUCAAUUCUGGUUCCUUGUUAACAUAAUCUUUUAGAUCAUUUCGAUUGCAAUGUGUUACUUUGACCAUUCGAAGCAAAAGCUCUUGAGUUAUGUUCGCUACUUUCAGUAUCUAUAAAUAUAUCCUACCAAUAUUCCUGUAAGUCUAACCGGAAGCAAAUCGAAACUCGUAACACCUUCGAUAUUCAGUAAGCAAUAUCGUAUUCGAAUGGAACUAUCGUGCGUACGUAUGUACGUCUCUUACGAGAAAAGAUAAAUGGAAGAGAGAAGAGAAAAGGACGUAGGCCGUGUACAGGGCGAUGACAGAACUCGCGUACUUUAUUACCCGAGGUCGAAGCCGUUAUCGUGUCUCACAAUGCGAGAUAAUCGUAAAGGGCCGAAAGGGACGACGACGAGGCGUGGUACGCGACGAAUCUCUUUCUCUCUCUCUCUCUCUUUCUUUUUUCCCUCCGUCUAUCUCUCUCCCCCCCUCUCUCUCUCUUUCUCUCUCUCUGGAAUCGUCCAAAGAUCUCACUGACGUCUCUGUAUACGUGCUACGUGCGCGAGAUCGUCGUCGUAAAGGGCUUUAUAAGCCGCGGCACGAGAGUUCAAUUUUAUGUUCCUUCGAGAUGGGGACCGCCUGCCGUUAGUCGCACGAUGUUCACGGCAUUCUUCGCGGGCAAAACGUUUCUUCGCAGGUAGGAGAGGAGUUCGGUUGUUAAAGUCUACGGCUCGUGUUCGGCUCUUUCAGUCUGAAGAGCGCCGUGUAUUUAAUCGUAUAUUUCAGUCUAUCGCAUUUACGAGUAUCGAUCUCCCGUAUCCCGGCGCGAUCUUUCUCCGAGGGAAUUUUGCAUACAUUUGUCGGAACUGAAGGGGACAGUUAACGUGCAAUAUGCUACCGUACGACUCUAUCCUUCUUCUCGUUUAUCAUUCAAAAUGAUCGUUUACCUCCAAUUUACUUCGUCUAGUGAAAACAACUCGUUAUUGGUAUAAUCGUGCGCCAUUCGCUUCAUGUAUCUUGUAAGGAAAUCGUAGUAAAAUAAUUAAUUGAUCUUUCUCUUUCUCUUUCUCUUUAUUCGCAUUGACAGUCGUUAGGAAUCGCUUUCACCGUCUCGCUGAAUCGAUAACGUCCAAAAACCAGUAACCUUUCGCGAAGUCAUUCGCCUUGCGCUCACUAAUGCAGGUAUUUACCCCCGCAUCCUUCGAAAGGCGUGUUCGCGUUCGCGAGAGAUCGCUCGUCGCCAAGAACCAGACCGAUAGGAAUGCGUAUAAUGAAUAAUGUAUAAUAUACUGACCAUUAAUCACAAUGCUCCUUUCAUCCCGUUUUAUUGCACCGAACGCGGUAAUUUCACAAUCGUUUGCAUAAUCUAUUUUUCUCUUUUGUAAAUACUCACCGAGUUCUCUUUCUCUUUCUCUUUCUUUCUUUCUUUCUUUCUUUCUCUCUCUCUCUCUCUCUCUCUUUUUCUGCUCGUCGCGGUCUCUUCGCGGUAUCCGUAAAUAUCAAUGACUAGUCGUACGAGCUCGUUUACUACGUUGCUACGUCUUAUAUAUUACACGUACAAAGAUACUUACAAUCUACAUACUCGUAGAUAUUAAAUCCGUACCUAUAUAUCUACUCGUUCUCUUCUUGAGCGUGCCCAUGAAAGAAGAAUACUUUGCCGCGAAAAUUUUAUCGCGUCGCUCGAUCGAUUUUAUCGUUCGAUAAAACGUAUUUACGAGGCGUCAUCAGAUCGAGCGUGUCUCUUAAUUUAACGAAAAUUGCCUUUGGUUAAGCGGUUCGCUUAAGUGACAGAUGUAUCUACCUGGUCUGAGUUUGUUCCAUUGAAUGAGCGUACGCGGCACGCAUAAUACAUUCUACUCGUACAAACAUAGGAGGAGGCGAACCUAUCGCGAAAGACAACUUCGAAGCAACCUCCCGAGGUCAGGCGCGUGGUGGACGAGAGAAAGCUCGAUGGCUGCCGUGUUGAAUCAUCUUUUUCGUGUUCCCGUGCUCUAAAACUUUUAAUCGGCCAUUCAUCACUGAUUUUAUUUACGCGUGUCCGUCAUACGUUACUUUUAAAGAUAUAUUUCGCAAUGGUGGAAGAAAGUUGAUGUAUCUAUCGUCGGCGGAUCUACCAAGAAAGAUACUAUCGACGUUCGAUCGUUGGAACGUAAUCGACGAUGACAUUGAACGCGGUACCGAUCGUGCGCGCAUUCCUUUGCCCUGACACCUCCUCUCCUUCUCCCCCUUUCUACAUAAAACUGGAGAGAGAGAGAGAGAGAGAGAGAGAGAGAGAGAGAGAGAGACAAAGAAACGGAGAGAGCCGUCGUACGCGAUCAGCUCUUGCGCCGAUGCCGACGGUAGGCUGUCACCUCUGGAUAUAAACGAUGGAUGACGUCAGUAUGACAUCAGUGAUCCAUAUCGUCGUUACGGCUCGAAGCCAACUUUCCACGGAGUUUCUCUUCGAAGUAGACGGGGUGAGAAAUACAAAUUAACACGCACGACCCUCCAUCACGUAUUACGAGUUAAUGUGUGGCCAACGAAGAAAGAAGCCAGGCGAAGUUCUAAUCCUCGUGAGAUCAGUUGAUCCGUCUGGUGGAUCCGUGACGUCAUGGGCCACCAACGGAGCAUCCCGGAACGGAAGCGUUGAAGUCUCCGGUUAGCGAAGAUUCGGUGGCACAGACGGCUACUCUGACGAGCCUCGCUUUCUUCCUGAGUUCCGGGCUGAGCGGCACGGUUUCCGGAGCACCGACCAGCUACGGUCUCCAUACCGCCAUCUCGGAAUCCAACAGCAAUAUGGAGCCUUGGCUGCAACCAUGCGGUACGCCGGUUGCGGCAGCUCUGAAAAAAAUGCCCCAACGUCACAGCGUUCAUAGAGCGUUGAAGAGGGUACGAACCCAGCUCAGGGUUGCUCAGAAUCACUUUAGGAAGGACCUUAAGGAUAUUCAUGAGAUUUAUUCGAAGGUGUACAAAGUGCUGAAGGAGCAGUACAGAAUGAACUGGCUUCCGGAGAAGCAGCUCGAGUGGUACCAUAGGGAACUCUGGUGCCUCGAGAAGGGUAAGAAGGCGGAGCGUGCACUUCCACGUCUUCACGACGCCCUUCAGAGGUUCGCCAUCACGUUCCACCAUCUUAGAGCGUUCCGACUAAAGUCGAACAUCAACGUCGAUCUUACGAUGAACAGGCGAAACGAAAUUAUCGAUGCCAUGCAAAUCGAAAUUCUUCGAAUGCUUUGCGAAGUAGAAACAGCGAUCCUGAAUCUAGGAUUGCAACUACCAACCGCUCACAAGGCGGUCAUCGUCACGGAAAGUCGUAAUUGGGCCAAGGAAGGUGAUCUAACGCUCAUGCUCAUUCAAGAUUGGGGAGUUCUAAGAUUAUAUCAAACCUUCCUGAACGAUUGGACGCGUGCCUUUCGUAAUGCCACUGCGACUGGACCUGGUACCUGCGAUCCUAACACGAUAAAACCGCUGAUCUUACGACCGAAGAACAACAAGAAGGGUCCGAAAGCUGGAACGGGUACUAAAGGGAAGAGAAUACCGAAGAUCAAGAAAGAGAGAAUCAAUAGGAAACAUCCGCUCGGUUCGAAUCAAACGCAACCCUUGACACGAGGACCAAAAGUAUUCCCAAGGAAAAGACUGACGAGGAAGAAACAGGCGAGACCAGCGUAGUCAGCGAAAGUCCGUGAUCUCGAGUGAUCUUGCUCGUCUUUAUCUAAUUUUCUUUCACUUUUUUUUUUAUUUCUUUUUAUUAUCAUUAUUUUUUUUUUUAUACUUUCUCCCUUUUCGAUUCUAAACUAUAGACUAUAAACUUUCGAUGUCGAACACUCGCAAAAAUGACGUUUAUCCUCACGCUAGCAGACACAAAUAUACAGGAACACAGACACACACGCACAGACACACAUUAACAUCAUUUACAUACGUUCUUCUAUUUAUUGCAUCGCCACGAUCAUUAAUUUUCUUUACAUUCUAAGCGUUAACUCUAUUCUCGAUCGACAGAAAGAGAUGACACUUGAUAUAGAAACUCGAAUCCGAUCGAGUUAUUCAAAAGAAAACAUUUUUCCUCUUCUCUUUUACGUUUUGAUCAACGUUCAUUCGGCUGGCGGUCCAGCCGUAAUUUUCACUAGGGGACCAGUAUUAAGAGAUUUACUUCGAAACAGUAUUAUAUCUAAUAACGCGUAAUAACUAAUAAUAGCGGUUAAUAAUAACGUUGAUGCACAGAGAGACUUAUCGAUCGAAGCUAUAUAGUAGAGGUGAUUAGCUCGAUCGAUCGGGAUAGCGUCGAGGAGGCAUGCACCUGAAAAUCACGUAGCCAUACGUACUUUUCUUCUUCUCUCCUUUUUUUCCUUCUUUUUUCUUUUUGUCUGGUUUUUUCUUUUUUUUUUUCUUCUUACGUAUAAUCACGAGAGAGCACACGUUUUAGAACACUCGUCGAAACGCGAGAGACGGAGAGAUGCGUUAAGAAGCAGAAAAAGAAAAAGAAGAAGAAGAAGAAGAAGAAGAAAAAGAAGGAGAAGGAGGAGAAGAAGGAAAAAAGAAAUUAAAAAAAUGAAAAAGAAAAAAAAUAAUUAAAAAAAGAAAAGAAAAGAAUCAAAGAGAUUUGCCGUUCGUGGUCUCUUUAAAAUAAAUUUUUACGUUUCGUCAAAAUCAAAACGCAUCGUUCUCUCGCGUGGUAAAGGACAAGUGAAAAUAAUCGCUCGAUUAUUGUACCACGAUUUAUGGAAAAAAAAAAAAACUUUAUUUAUUGUAGCUUUAACGUCUGCGGGCGAAAGCUUGAUGUUUAGCUGUGAUAUCCCGAGCGUACGCGGACCGUACAGAGUUCCUACGUUUUAUACGUAUAGGUGCAUGUAUAUAAGUAUCAUCGUAUAUAGUCGAACGCGUACCAUCGUACUUAAACCGUUAGACUAUUUUCCUCUUUAUCUAUCUUUUUCUACUAUUUUCUCGUCUUCACAAUAGAAUCUCUUUCUUCUCUGCGAACAUGACAACUUUAUCUCUUUCUCGUGUACUUUAUAUCUCUCUAUCUCUCUAUCUCUCUUUCUCUUUCUUUCUUUCUUUCUUUCUUUCUUUCUUUCUUUUUCUCUCUCGAUCUUUUUCUCGUAUUUUUAAAAUAAUAAUCUUUGUAGUAGGUGAUAAAUAGUAUUCUCGAGUCGAAAUUUUUGUUUCUCGAGAAAAAACAGAAUUUCUCAGCGGAGAAUUCUGUGGAGCUUUUUGUAUACGUAUCUACCCUUUUACCUGGACGCCGAUGUGAAUAAUAUAACACUCGGUAUAUUUUUAAUUUCUACUUUAUCUCAUUCUCUCUGCCUCUUUCUCUUUCUCUCUCUCUCUUUCUCUCUUUCUUCGUCUUUACUUUAUCUAUUUUUCUUUAUAUUUGUAACUUGUAAUAGCGUCUAAAGGCAAGUUUUAGGGUCGAGUAAACCGGCAUACACGCCGCUCAACAAUUUUAGAAAGUAUUUUCGUAUUAAUAAAAAAAAAAAAAAAACGACAAUGACGGUGCGAUCUGCGUAGGUAUUUUGCGAAUUUUCACGCUCGCCGUCGUAUGUUAAUUUCUGUGUUUUUUUUUUUUUUCUCUCUUAGUUAUUACUUUUCUCCAUUGCAUUAUAUCGAGUAUACGUAUUAUAUAUUUAUUCGACGUACAAGCAUACUUACAUAACGUUUCUAAUCUAUUUAUUAUAUCACGUUACCAUCGCAUAUAUUAUUUAUUUGUCAUUUUUUUUCCUUUUACUUGCGUAUAAUCGUCUCGAAUAAAUUCGAUGUUUUUGUACCGUA